AUGGUAGUUGUAUUAUACUCAAACGUGGAAAAUUACUCUCGCGAGCACGAAGAGGCAUCACGUAACAUCCAACAGUACCUCUCGAAUCCAAUAAACGCUUACCUGCUCGUAAAGCGAUUGACGACGGAUUGGAAGCGCGUAGAGGAGCUGAUAACAGAGGACGUGGGGAAGGCAUUUGUAGCAAACAUCACGAUCUCCCGUAGUGACCUGAAAUUUCCGACGGACGAGGAUCUAAACGGCGCUGCGGUGGCCCUCAUGAGACUGCAGGACACGUACAAGCUCGACACAUCCCAGGUCGCCAGGGGUGUCCUCAACGGUGUCCAGUACAGCACCGGCUUAAGUGCCGGCGACUGCUUCGAGCUUGGACGCCAGUCAUACAAUAAUGGCGACUAUUAUCACACUGUGUUGUGGAUGCAGGAGGCCAUGAACCGGCUUCAGGAUGAACAAAAUAGAACUACGUCAAACAAGCCAGAUAUACUUGAGUAUCUCGCGUUCUCUACUUAUAUGCAAGGUAACGUUGCGCGUGCCUUGAGUAUGACAAAUGAGCUUCUUGAACUUCAAUUCACAGUCGUUGAAAAGAAAGUAAAACCAAUAGAGGAAAUGACAGAACGUGAGCGUUACGAAAUGCUUUGUCGCGGCGAAGUUCCAAUGUCACCUCAACUCCAAAAAGACUUAAGAUGUCGUUAUAUCGAUCGUGGAAUUCCAUUUCUAAAAAUCGCGCCGUUCAAGGAGGAAGAAGCUUAUCUCGAUCCACGUAUUGUUAUAUAUCACGAUGUAAUAAGCGACGCUGAAAUUGACACGAUAAAAAGAUUAGCGCAGCCUAGGUUUAAACGUGCUACUGUGCAAAAUUACAAGACUGGUGAACUGGAAAUAGCCAACUACCGAAUCAGCAAGAGUGCAUGGCUCCAAGAGUACGAGCACAAACACGUACAGGCUGUGAGCCAGAGAGUAGAACAUAUGACCAGUAUGACUGUCGAGACUGCGGAGGAGUUGCAGGUGGUCAAUUACGGUAUUGGAGGGCAUUACGAGCCGCACUUUGACUUUGCAAGGAGAGAGGAAACUAAUGCAUUUAAGAGUCUUGGAACUGGUAAUCGCAUCGCUACUGUUUUAUACUACAUGAGCGAUGUUGAACAAGGAGGUGGUACAGUAUUCACCGCAAUAAAUAUAUCUUUGUGGCCAAAAAAAGGCAGCGCUGCAUUUUGGUAUAAUUUAAAACCUAAUGGAGAAGGAGAUUACAAAACGCGACAUGCUGCUUGUCCAGUUUUAACAGGCUCUAAAUGGGUUGCGAACAAAUGGCUGCACGAGAGAGGCCAAGAAUUCCUGAGGCCUUGUACGUUAGAAAACCAGCCGCCAGACGACGAUGUAGGAAGAUAUUAA